UGGGGCGACGUCAAUGAAAAACGAAAAAAGUGGCGUCCGCGGCGCCGACGACUUCAGUGGGCUCUUCUUUGCAUGCCAGACGACCCCGUCGUCGUGUGUGUCGCAGGAUGUUGCCGCCCUCUUGAAGCGGUGUCAGCGGUACGACGCGAUGGGGUUCACCCAGGCCGACAACAGCGCGUGCUGCGACUCGGCAUUUGCCCAGAAUGGAAAAGCACGCGAAUGCGUCUACUUUCGACCAAACGAAUGGACCGCCCGCCGUAUCUCGAUCUUUCCCGUCCCCAAUUCCCCCAAGCCCCUGUACACGGUUCAAAACUGGGCUCCAUUUGCUUCCGUCGACCAAAUCGACAUUGCACGGGUAUCGGUGAAGGCCAUCGACGCGUCGAGCUUUGAUUUCCGCUCCGUGACCAAAUUGAGCAUCGUGGAUGCCGAUUUGGAAUCGAUCGCGACGCCCCCCGCGCCGAAACUGCACGUCAUUGACUUGAGCAACAAUCGUCUCAAAGUGUUUCCAUCGUACUUGUUCGGUCCGACCCAAACCACAAUCGAACAACUCAAUGUUUACGGCAACCCAUGGCAACCAUCCAUUGCGAUUGAAGCAAACCAAUGCGACCGGCUCAAGAUCGCGGCCGAGACCGGCCACAUCACGGGUUUGCCCAUUGAGUGCUCGUGCACGUCGCCAGCACCAUCGUGCAUCUUUCCGACCCUGGCAGGGGGACCAACAUCGCUUUCCCCAUCGACUGCAGCCCCCCCCACCACAACUUUGAUGCGAUCUGGGACUCCAUCAACCUCUUUAGCGUCGAACCCGACGUCGAACGUCCCCACUCGUAUGACCACCACAACACCCCCUCCGUCCCCAAACUCCCCCGACCAGUCCGUACCAACAACGGCACUCUCCACCAUCUUCAAUCCGAACAACAGCAGCUCCAAUUCCGGGCAAAGUGCUCCCUCCAUGGACCAAGACUCGUCCAUAACGGGAACCGUCCUCGUCAUCGUGAUGUUCGUCGUCGUCGUGGGCCUCGCCAUCGGCGCGUUUGUUAUGUACCGUCGUCGCCGCCAGAUGCAACCAAAUCCAAACGUUCUCACGGGCUUCGAAAUGGUCUCCAUGUCGUCGUUGAACGCGCCAUUCGAUAGCACUGCGCCGUCGAAAGCGCAGCUGCUUCGAAAGACGUCGAGCUCGGUGAUUCUAUCGAGCUCGGCGAUCCUCGGGUCGUCCGUGUUGGGGCUGUCCAAGUACCGCAGCACCGAUCCCUUGCCUCUGUUGCCACCGGACCAGGUCAAGCUCCUACACCUGAUUGCAGGCAACGUAUUCAUCGGGAAAUUCAACAACGAAAAAGUCGUGCUGAAGCGGUGGGACUGCCCAAACCAGGCCGCCAUGACCAGCCUCAUAGCUGCCAUGACCACCAUCGCCCAGCUCGAACACCCUCAGCUUAUCGUCAUGCACGGCAUCGUUCGACUUGGCGAGUUCGAAGUGAGUGCAGUUGCCGAGUACAUGCAAUUCGGGUCGCUUCCUCGAGUCCUACUCAAGGAAGACUUUGCAUUGUCGUGGCCAGAUCAACUCCGCAUGAGCUACGAACUCGCGUCGGCCCUUGCGUAUAUGCACAGUCAGCCCAACUAUUCCCGAGGACCGAAAUGCUUGACGAGCCGCGAUGUUCUCGUGAAUGCGUCGCUCUCGUGCAAGUUGGACGUGUUUGACUUUUUGCAGCCACACGCACCCGUCGCAACGCCAGAGUUCACGUACGGCGGCGCCGCAUUGGCGUGGGAAGCGCCUGAAGUGCUUACCCACAAUUGUUCGAGAAACUCGGCGGCUGAGAUGUACUCGCUUGGAGUCAUCCUCGGCGAGAUCGUGACGCGGGCGCGACCAUACCAGUCGUCGAUUCAGAAUUUCGGCGCGACAGCCACCGACAUUCGAAUCCGCGACGCCAAACGCGACAAGCACGACCUGCCGCACGAAAAUCGGCCGGAGCUCGAAUCGUGCCCCCGCUUCUUCAAAUCUCUCGUCGCUGCGUGUUUAUCUCGGGACGUUCUCCGCCGCCCCCUCGCGGUCAACGUUGCAGAGACGCUGCAGCGAGAAAUGAUGUUGCUCAAGCGUAACUACGGCUAAUUUAUGGAUGCAGGGAUUCUACACAACUGGCCGUCGUCACAUGCAGCAGCCGAAGCACCCUACACCAGUUGGCAAACGGUCUUUUGUGUCGAUGUGAUUCUGGCCUCACACGCGGUGACUG